GGCAUGAUGAGCGGAGUGGGUAGCUAUGGAAGUGGUUUUUUUGGCACUGCUGCCACUGGCGUGGUAGGCAGUGCUACAUCGACGGCUAGCGACUACAGCAGUAGUAGCGUCAACUGCUUUUACGCCCCCAAUGCUGCACAGGGAACGCCGACUACUGGCGUUGUGAAUCCAACAACAAUGUUGUCCAAUUACUGUGACGCAGCUAUGAUGAUGGCAGCGGCGGCAGUGAAUGCCAAUCAAUGCCUUCAACAACACCAUCGGAUGAUGCUCGCCAAUAGCGCUGGCAACAGCCACAACCUCGCGAACGAACACAAUAACCACGACUGCAGUGACGAUAUUGAAACAGCCGGUACAACUGCGAACACAGGUGCGAUCAUGGCAGCACCAUCCAUAUCAUCGGUGGCUUCAACAAUAACUUCAACGAUAUCCACGAGCGCUCCGUCAUUGUCAAAUGUCAAUUCCUCCACUAGCAUUAGUCAACAAUACCAGCAGACCCAAAGCAGUUCCCCACACGCACAACCACCCGCCCAGUCGCAUGUGCUUCACCAGCCCCUUCACCAACUCCAGGAGCAACAACAACUGCAUUCGCAACUGGCAUCACCACCAAAUCUAAUCGAUAUCAGCGAAGUUCCUCUCGUUGUCGACGUCAAGUAAAUAUAGUGUAGUUGUAAUUGCGGUUCAAAGGAAAGCUUCUGAACACAGUUUAAAAAAUUUACCUUAACAUUGGAAAUAAACAAAAUGCAAAAAAAAAAUAAAAAAAAAACAAAAAAAAAUAGAAGCUGAUGUGAAGACAUGAAAAUUUAGCAUAAAUUUUUACUCUUUAGAGUUGUUAAAGCGCAAUUUUUGUUUAGAGGUUUAAACACUGUCAUGCAUUUGUAAAUAUUUUAAUAAUUAAUAUUUAUAGUAAUUUAUUUAUUGAAGUUAUACAAAUGUUUCCAAAACUAUGAAACUUGAAGCCAAAAAUUAAAACUUAAAGUAUUGACUCGCGGUGAAGCUGUAAAAAUUACUCCAAAAUAGUAAAUUGUCCAACCGUUUUGAGGAGAGAUCUCCUAAAAUGAGGCUGUUAAUAUUUACUACCAAUACACAAAAUAUUAAUUUGCUUUUAACCUGACUUGGGAGAAAGAUUUGGUGGCUUCAAGUGACAUACCGUUUGAAACAAAUUGGACUUAAACUGAAGGAAGCUUCAGAGUCUCGUUAAACGAUACUUUGAAUGUUGUCUCCAAAUGAAUAAUGCAACAAUUUUUAUAGACUUAGAAGAAAAUAAUGUAUAAAAUGUUAAACAAAAAAAGUUAAUGAAAUGGAAUGGCACUGAAUCUUACUUAAUUUCAGUUUGAAUUUAAAAACUACUUUAAGUCUAUAAAGCACGUUUUAUUUAUCUCAUGCAACUUGUUCGUUCUACACAUGAUUUACAUACUAAAUUUAUUUAAAACUAUUUCAAGUGUCUUCUAUUCGCAACUGUGGCAAUUGUGUGCUUUAAUAAUUAUUUUUUAAUGCGUAAAAUUUAAAAUUUUACAAUUUACAAUUAAAUUAAAUGUCCAGGAACCUUAUUUUUAUUAAAACAGAAUUUAAUUAGCAAAUUUUUUUUUUAUAUUUAAAAAAACAAAACCAGUGCAAGUUAGAUUUAAGCUGAAAAGUUCUUAUUUAUUUUACAACAUGAAUAUACAUACAUAUUUUGAAAUAAAGUUUGAUAUUUUAUAUGAAACGGCGUUUUGAUUUGUCUCAACAAAGGUUUGUGUUACUACUUUUUUAUAGCAAUAAG